GUGCGCAGAGGGAAAGCGGAAUCUACACCUUCCCGGCCAGCGGUAGCAACUGCAGAACUGCAGGAGACAAUCUUUCUAGACAAGGCAGUUGAGGAGGAGGGAGCGAUUAGAAGGGGGGGGGGGGCUGGCUUGGCGUGCACUCCAGACCUCGGGAACGUUAUUGUGCGUGGAACGGCUGAUUUUGGAAGACUAUUGCCCAGAAGAAAAGAUGUUUGGUUUUCACAAGCCAAAGAUGUACCGAAGUAUAGAGGGCUGCUGUAUUUGCAGAGCUAAGUCCUCCAGUUCUCGAUUCACUGACAGUAAACGCUAUGAAAAGGACUUCCAGAGCUGUUUUGGGUUGCAUGAGACUCGUUCAGGAGACAUCUGUAAUGCCUGUGUCCUGCUUGUGAAAAGAUGGAAGAAAUUGCCGGCAGGAUCAAAAAAAAACUGGAAUCAUGUGGUAGAUGCAAGGGCAGGACCCAGUCUGAAGACAACAUUGAAACCAAAGAAAGUGAAAACUUUAUCUGGAAACAGGAUAAAAAGCAACCAGAUCAGUAAACUACAGAAGGAAUUCAAACGUCACAAUUCUGAUGCUCACAGUACCACCUCAAGUGCCUCCCCAGCUCAGUCUCCUUGUUAUAGUAACCAGUCAGAUGAUGGCUCAGAUACAGAGAUGGCUUCUGGCUCUAACAGAACGCCAGUUUUUUCCUUUUUAGAUCUCACGUACUGGAAAAGACAGAAAAUAUGUUGUGGGAUUAUCUAUAAAGGCCGUUUUGGAGAAGUUCUCAUUGACACACAUCUAUUCAAGCCUUGCUGCAGCAAUAAGAAAGCAGCUGCUGAGAAGCCGGAGGAGCAGGGGCCAGAGCCUCUGCCCAUCUCCACUCAGGAGUGGUGACUGAGGUUUAGGUAGAAGGGGAACAAAAAAACGAUUUAAAUUUUGGAAAGAAAACAAAUCAACAAAACCCUCCUAUUUUUAACUUGGAUACCUGCUAUUCUGCCAAAAGACACUUUCUAGAAUAGUUUUGAAUGGGUUGUUAUUUCUCCUCCAGUUCCACAAACUCUGAAGCCAGUGUCUAGCUUACUAAAAGAAAAAAAGUGUACAUAAUAUUUAAGAUGCUGAGUAUUUCAUAGGAAAGCUGAAUGCUGCUGUAAAGUGCUCUUUAAGUCUUUUUUUUUUUUUUUUUUAAUCCCCUUCUAAUGAAUGAAUCUAGGGGAAUUUCAGGGGACAGAGAUGGGAUUUGUUGUAUGAUAAACGUAUGUAGUUUUAGUCUUUCUAUAUUGAGAAGCAGUGGUUGGGGCAUUUUUAAGAUGGCUGGCUAUACUUGUUUUCCUUCAUGAUAAUAAAUUUGUCAUAACUCAGUAACGUGGACUUGCCCCAAGAGGUAGUUGUUAAUAAUUUAAGGUCUUGCCAAGGUUCUGAUGAUUCAAACCUGUACUACUGAAUAUUAAGCAGGACAGACUAAGCUCUCUGGUGCAAAUGCCUUGAAGGAGUAGUUUCUAAACAUACAGAGAGGUAACUUGAGUGUAUAUGUUGCAUCCUCUGUCACCUCCCUCCAUAUUCAUUUUUGAUAAAGAUUUUAAUCUAUAUUGAAACUUCUAAAGCAGAAUCAAAGCUCCUCUGGGGAAAUGUCAAGUUUUAGGAUGAGCAAUCCUAAAUGAAGAGAACCAAAGCAUUACCGCAUGGUAGAGAUCACAUUCUAUUAAAAAUGUUAAAUUAUCUUUAAAAAUGUACAAGUCUUCAGGAUGGCACACACAAAAAAACAAAGGUUAAUGCUUCUUGGGGCACAUUUCUUAGAGGGCUUGCUUAGUGUGUAAAUAAUUGACUUUUGUUUGUGUUACAUGACUGGUGACUUCAUUGAAAAUCUGCGCAAUUCAGUUUUAGCUCUGGAUUACUUCAGUUGACCUUUGUGAAGGUUUUGUCUGUGUAGAGUGGUUGUUUGACUGGUUUUAACCUAUUAGGGUUUGGGGUUUUUUUUUUUGUUUGUUUUUUUUCCACUCUAUAUUAAAGUAAAAUUCUAAAAGAAAA